UAUUUUUUUUUGGUUUAGGCUUUUCUUGGUUUAAUGUGGAUUGAGAUGAGCUGGUGAUUUAGAAUUAGAGGCUUUGAGGUGUGAUUGUUUGAAUACAAUGCGAUUGUUCUCAUCAAGCUCAAGCUUCAGUCUGACAAAAGAGCAGAGUAGCGGUCGGAGCAAUCGUGUAGCGUUGUUUCUCAAUGUGUAUGACCUUACACCAGUAAAUAACUACCUUUACUGGUUUGGGCUUGGGAUAUUCCAUUCUGGUAUUGAAGCUCAUGGAUUGGAAUACGGCUUUGGCGCCCAUGAGUACCCUACCAGUGGAGUUUUUGAGGUGGAACCAAGAAGUUGUCCUGGCUUCAUUUUCAGGCGGUCAGUGUUGUUGGGCAGCACAAACAUGUCUCGUUCGGAAUUUCGAUCCUUCAUGGAACAAAUUUCUGGGAAAUAUCAUGGGGACACCUACCAUUUGAUUGCCAAGAACUGCAACCAUUUUACUGAGGAAGUCUGUUUGCAGCUAACUGGAAAGCCUAUUCCAGGAUGGGUAAAUCGCCUGGCUCGAUUAGGUUCUUUCUGUAAUUGUCUGCUGCCAGAGAGCAUUCAGAUAACUGCAGUUAGACAUCUUCCCGAUCAUCCAUCCUAUUCUGAUGAUGAUGGACCAGAGUCUGUUGUGUCAUCUUUAACGGCUGGGAGCGAAGAUGAGGAGGCAGAUCAUCAUCUGCUGACUUCACCAAAUAGUGAUGUUGCUUUUCUAAAAGAUAAACCAGUGAGGCUAGCAAAGGAACUACUUUGAUUUUUUUCCUUCCAACGAUUCCUAUUUUUUUUUUUUUGACUACCGUGGGUCUUUAACUGUUGUUUGUAAUUGUAGUAUAAAAUGUAGUGUAUCAAGGAAUCCACCAUCUCAGUUUAAUUUGAGC